AUGAACUCCUUACUGGCAGCGACACAUAAGAUGCGCAUUUCACAAACUCCGUUUAAGUGGUGUUUAGAAAUUGGAGAUCCUUUAGAGGUGAACCUAAAAUUGUUGAAAAAGAUGGUUCGUCGAUGGGUUCCCCACCAUCAAUCGUUUAGAGUUAGCCAACAUCUGGUGCCUUUCAAUGUGCAGGAUGUGUUCAUGACUUUAGGGUUAGGAGUUGGGGGUUUGGAAGUUCCUUUUGAUGAAUCAGUUGUGGGUAAAGUUGGUGAAUCCUUUAAUUCAAAAUGUACGAAAUUGAAAGACCUCAUAGAUAUGUUCAAUGUGCUUGUAGGUAAUGAUGAUAGUGAGGUAGAUAGGGUGUGUCGCCUGUAUGUAUUAGUUUGUUUUGUGGUGUUCUUUUUUCCCAGGAAGGCACGAUAUGUGUCCAACAUGCCUUGUUCAGUCUUAGAUGACUUAGACAGUUUGUCUAGUUAUGAUUGGAGUAGUGCUGUACAUAGAUAUCUUGUAGAUAGUCUAAAUAGAUGUAAUAAGAAACUGCUUUCUGGAUCGAUUGCUGAUUCAUUGAGCAUAAGUGGGAAUGCUGUUGUUUUGCAGCUUUGGGCGUAUGAACGUCUUGGUUUGCAUGAUGAUGAUUCUGCCAAGGAAUUUCCGCGCGUUAGGCGAUUUUCUUCGUUAAAUUAUACAAAAAAAAAAAUAGAUGUUAUGUUUAAGACUGCCGAGGUACAAUUUGAUUGGUUCCUCAGUGAGAAUGAUUGUUUAAAUCCCAUCAUACGUCGUGCUUUCAAUUUGGAUGAGGGAUUGAGGCGUGAAGGUUCUGAGCGUGAAGAAAAAGUAGAAGAAAAAGCUGAAGAAAAUGCUGAAGAAAAAGCUGAAGAAAAUGCUGAAGAAAAAGUAGCUGAAAAUGAAUAUGAUGAAAAUUGGCUAUUAUCCACUUUGGAAAAACUGAGAACAAACAAUGCCAGGAUAAGAAAAGUCAGAGAUGAAAUUGCGGCUGUUAGGAAGCUACUUGCUGAUCGUGUGAAGUAUCGAAAGGUGGAACAAUCUCCUUCAUUUCAUGAACAACAUGAAGAACCAGCUUGUACCAUGGUUGUAGAAGAAGAAGUAGUCGCCGCUGACCAUCCAAUAGUUGUCGUUGACGUUGGCGAUGGUGUUGAUGAUGGUGAAGGAGAAGUGGAUGUACAACCGUUGAAUGUACUGGCUUUGUGUUCUUUUGUUGGUGAUCCAAAAACAGUCGUGGAUUUCGAUAAGUUGUACCACGCAGUUACGCGAAGAGACAUUCCACGGAGGUACGUCUCUGAAAUUAUGUAUCAACUGUUGAGCACAAGUGAAUGUAGCUCUUUAGGGCCAAGGCAAUGUGUAGACAACAUGGCUUUAAUUUUUGCAGCAACAAUGUUCAUGUACUUUGAAAAAAGGUUGACUGGAGUCAUAAAGAGGAUUGUAUUCAGUCCUAUGUUUGGGACCCAUGUCCUGCACGACUAUAGGAAAAGACCAGUCAAUCAACAUGUGUGGCAACUUCUUGACUACCAGCCAUAUUUUCGAUAUGAUCUGGUUCGAGUUGAGGCCUUAUUGUCUGCUGAUUGGGUGUUCAUCCCAAUUGUAAGUGAUGGUCAUUGGUGGUGUUAUGCACUUAAGGUCUGCACUUUUCAGUUUUAUGUCAUAGACUCACUUGCCAAUGGUAUCAAAGGACGUUGUCGGAUUGAUAGAAGCAUUGCUCAAAAUAUACAACGCCUUUGGGGUUUGUUGACGGAUAAACUUGAAGAGACUAAGUGUCCUUUGUUAGUUGAGAAAGCCAACAUCCCAGUCCAACCAAACACAUACGAUUGUGGUGUAAUCAUGAUGAAAGCUAUUGAAAUCUGGGAUGCAGAGGACAAAUAUGAUGGGAAAAGCAUGCCUGAUUAUACAAAUGAAGAGUUGGCUGCGUUUAGGAAAAACUUUAUAUGUGACUGGAUCCUCGACGAGGACAACGUACGAAGAAUGGAUACGCUGCAACAUUUUGGAUUACUAUAG